CUCGCAGCAUGGGGAAGGGCAGCCGCUGCCACGCUCUUCUGUGGCUUCAUCAUCCUGGUCAUCUGCUUCAUCCUCUCCUUCUUUGCCCUCUGCGGACCCCAAAUGCUCGUCUUCCUGAGAGUGAUCGGAGGCCUCCUGGCCCUGGCGGCUGUGUUCCAGAUCAUCUCCCUGGUAAUUUACCCCGUGAAGUACACCCAGACCUUCACCCUUCAUCUCAACCCUGCUGUCAAUUACAUCUAUAACUGGGCCUACGGCUUUGGGUGGGCGGCCACGAUUAUCCUGAUUGGCUGUUCCUUCUUCUUCUGCUGCCUCCCCAACUACGAAGACGACCUCCUGGGCAAUGCCAAGCCCCGGUACUUCUACUCCUCCGCCUAAGGUGGGGACGGAUUCCUGCUGCCAGGAUGGAUUCCAGAAAAAGAAACUCUUUUUCCCAGAAUACUUUGAACCUAUUUGGCAGGGAGGGGAGCAGGGCACUGUUCAUAUCGUUAGACUAGUCAAAGCGCUAAAACAAUUUUCAAGAAACUAUUUCUUAAAUGGUGUUAUAGUUUCAUAUUCGUCUUUUAUAUAUAUUUUAUAGAGUGAUACAAAACUUACUUCUUUUAACGAAUUACCUGUAAUAUGCCAAUAUUUUCUUAAUAUCUGUCCAUAUAAUUUAUACUGCAUUUGUAAGAGAAUAUGAAUAUGAAACUUACCAUUUUAUAAGGUAAAAAUAAGAAGAUUUAAAAGAUUUAAGUAAUCUGAUCAAGUGUCUGUCCGUCCCGGAUUAAACUAGAUCUAUUAAGGGAAAAGAAGAGGGAAAUAUUGGUAAAAAAUUGUCAGGGACCAAAUAUUCUAAAAGAAAUGUAAAAAAAUAAAUAUUUUUCCAGCCUUUGGCUAGUUAAGGAAGGCAAAAGAGUUUCCUAAAUGCAUAUCAUUUGUGAGAAUUUCUAAUUCACAUCCUGAGUAAUAGAUCUUUUGCUAAGCUUCACAUUAACUUGAUAUGUCAUUUAGGAAAGUAUUCUUUCAUGACCAAAACCUGUUGCAGUAGUAAGGUCUUCUAUGCAAGGAAAGGCUAAGAUGAAAUUUUCUCUUUAAAAAUGGUUUGUAGGGGUGGGGUGUGGGAAAAUGAUAUGUUAAUCUGUUCUGUUUUGUGUCUAUAUGUUAAAGAUCAGAGUAGAUUGCUUUGAAAGAUGGGCUGGGUCUAAAUCACUGUGACUGACAGGCAUGAUCAGGUUGUGCAGCAAAGCAUUAGGAAGGCCAUUCCUAUCACAAAAGAAACAUUAAAACAACCUUGGGAGAAGAAAUGACUUGAAUUUCUCAUCUCAGUUGAGCAGGCUCUACUCAUAUAGAUACAGCUUCUGAUAGAUUGUAACUGUAAGUAAAAACUUAAAUAUAGUAAAAAACCUGGUCUUCUUUGGUAAGCUGAUUUAAAAUAUCUGGUAUAAAGCAUGCAACAGGAGAAUUCAGGGAUAUGAGAUCUCUGAAUGGGAAAUAUAUGAUAUAUCACAUGGGUUAUUAUUUUUUUUACCAUUUGUAUUUACAUAACAAAAACCAAUUCAUUUGAUAUAUCGAAUUAUUAUUUUGUAAAUUGCAGGAUAAGCAAUUACAGUUUUUAUUAUGAAUUUUUCCCAAUAAACCAGAUAUUCUAAUCUU